AUGUCCUUCUUCGGUUUCGACCCGACCCGUGGCGGCGGCCACAACACCUCCGCGCCGGGUUUCUCGCAAGCUCAUGACCCGUUCGCCGGCCUCUCUCGCGGCAACCAAGAGGAGGACGACGCCGUCGACUUCGAUGACACGUACGAUGGUCUCGGAGACCAGCUCGAGGAAAGUGGCGACGCUUUCAACGACGACACCUUUGGCGACGGCGGCGGUGGUGGCGGCGGAGACGAGAUUAUCUCUGCUCCUGUCGGAAAGGAUUUCGAUUUCUUCGGUCAGACGGCCAAGGUCUCGAAUGCCAUCGAGGAGGAGCAGGUUCGCUACAGCCGCCAGGUCCCCGCCUCGAAACCCGCGCCUGCCCAGGCGCCCGUCCAACAUCACCAUGUUCCUCAAGCUCAGGCCAUGCCGAACUACUACUAUCCUCCUCAGCCGGCCCCUCAGCCUGUUCGCACUGGCUACGAGAAGUACAAGGAGGCGGAGCCCAUCCCCGACCUUCACGUCGACGCGUCUAUCUGGGGCGUGCCUUCCAAGAAACCCGCCGCCGCGCCUUCUCCCCAGCCCCAGGCCGCACCUGCCUCCAGUAGCCGCAAGAUCAUGAGUCUCGAGGAGGUCGAGAAGGCUAUGCGCGAGCAAGCCACCAAGCGACCAGCCCAGGAACCUGCCCCUGCUACACAAGGAUACCCCCAGGAUUACGGCUACGCCCACCCGCAGGCUAUUCAGCAGCAGCAGAGUUUCCACGGCUCCGACCAGCAGCAACAGCAGCGCGGCAGCCAGGUGCCUCAACACGCUGGUCAGGGCCAUCCGGUUACCAUUCUUCAGCGUCCUCAGUCUCUUACUUCCAAGCCGACCCCGCCCAUUCAAAACACCCCCAGCCCGCUUGCUCAGCCUCCUCAUUCCCAGGCUCCCUCUGUCCAGCCGACUCAGAUUCUCCAAAACCCUAACCGACUGUCCGGUGAUGCUGCUCGCAUUGGUGCCCACGGCCCUCAGCCUCAUGGCCAUCAACAGGCUCACGGUCAGAAUGCACACCGAUCACAGGGUUCGUCAGGUCGUGUACCUCAGGUCUCCCAACAGCAGCACCUGAACCACCUCUCCGAAGAUGAGAAGGCGGCGUACCUAGAUCAGGAGACCAAGCGUGCGAAGCGCAACCACAAGAUCUGGCUUCUUUCUAAGGACAACGGUCUCAUGACUCCUCAGGACAAGAACUUUGUCACCCGUAUCCAGCUGCAGCAGCUUGUCUCGGCCACCGGCAACCCGAUUGACCACAACAACGAAGCCUCAAUCGCAGAGGACUUUUACUACCAGGUUCUUAGCCAGAUUCGCGGUGGCCAACGCCAGAACCCUAACCAGCCCCUGAACAACUUUGCUCAGACCUACCUCUUCCAGACUGGAAGUCGUCAGGGCAACAUGAGAAGACAAGGAAGAACUGCCGAGAACCACGUGCAACGCAUGGAGCAGCAAGUCCAGCGUGCCGUUGAAGCCGCCAAGAACAAGCCCAAGAAUCCCCAGCUUGUCAUUGCUGGCAGUCUCGGAAAGAUCUCCUUCAGCAACGCCAAGACACCUAAGCCACUGCUCAACAUCAAGCGCACCGAUAGCAGUGGUGACGCCCAGCGUCCUGGAAACGGCAAGCGUCACUACACGGAGUCCAACACUGUGGACCGCAAGGCCAUCUUGAAGAACAUUGAGAGCGUUUACACCACAGUCAUGAAGAUGGAGGACCACGCCCGCCACAUUCCUCCCCCGCCCACCAAUGGCAACGACGAGGAAUUUCACGCGAAGCAUCAGGAGUGGCUCGAGGUGGCUCAGACUCUCAACGGCCAGCUGUGGGCAGACCUCAAGGUUCACGAGCCUAUUGGUGCUACCACCAUUCACCCCUUCAUCGCCUUCCUGUCGUUCCCCAAGGGUAAGAAGGCCAUUCCUCGUGUCUUCCGACACAUCAGCUUCGAGCAGCGCACCACUAUUCUCACGAUGGUUAUCCUCCACUUGGAUCAGCUGGAUGUUGUUCGCGGUGCCCAGAUGACGGAUGGUGAAGUCAACCUUAACGCUGCCAUGCGUGAGAGCAUCGAACUCUUCUCCGCGGCUGUCAUGCCCAGCCUCUUUGCCUACUUCAACGAGACCGAGCUCGAUAUCGUCACAGGUGUCCUCGGACUGAUUACCAAGCUGAACAUCGACCUCAUUGCCAGAACCCGCGUGGGCUGCUCAAUGUUGACUCUCAUUCUGAGUCGUGCAGAGCUUCUCAAGCAAGGCGGUGGCGGCACCCCUCAGCUUUGGGCCGAAUGGGAGCAAACCUUCAACCUCUUCUUCAACAUCCUGGAGCCGACCCUGCAUCAUAUCUUCCCUGGCAGCGUCAACACCGGAGAGGAUGUUGUCGUCUGGCAGCUUCUUGCUGCCGUGGGUGUCAGUGCAAACCCUGAGCAGCAGCAGCGCCUGGUUCUUGCUGUCAAGGAUCGUGUUCUCGACACUGUUGCCCACGCGAAGACCCUUCCGGGCGCCAUGGCAACGACCCGGUUGGCUACGGUCAACCUGUUUAUGCACUCCAUUGGUUUGGAUGUUGAAUUGCUUCAAUAA